AUGUCCCGAUCCGCCGCGCCGACCGGCGCGAAGACACGCCUCAUGAGCGAGAUGAAGGCACUUCGUAAGGAGAAGUGGAUUAAUUUCGAGGAUGACGAGCAAAGCAACAUUUUGAAGUGGCGCUUCGCGCUCAUGGUCAUCAACUCCGACAGUCCGUUCAACGGCGGCUAUUUCAAAGCCGAAAUGACCUUCACCGACGAGUACCCAUACCAGCCGCCCAAGUUCCGCUUCCUACUACCCAUUACCCACCCGAACGUCUACCCCGACGGUCAGCUCUGCAUUUCGAUUCUGCACAAGCCCGGCGAGGAUAUUACAUCGGGCGAGGAAGCGAGCGAGCGUUGGUCUCCGCUACAGGGCGCUGAGAGUGUGCUCCGCUCGGUCCUUCUGCUGCUCGACGACCCCGAGAUUAACUCGCCUGCCAACGUUGACGCCGGCGUCAUGUACCGCGACCGCCGCGCCGAGUACCAUGAGAAGGCGGCUGAGGUGGUGUCCCGCUCCAAGAAAGACGUCCCCGAAGGCUUUGAGAUGCCGACGAGCUUCGAGGCUGCCCCCCCGCCAAAGCAAGACAACGAUGACGACUUCUGGGCCGGUAGUUCCGACGAAGAGUUUGAUUUUGGUGGCAGCGACACUGGUGAUGAUGAAGAGAUGGAUUUCGAGGAUGAGGAUGGGGAGGAGGAUGGCGAAGGUGAAGCUAGCGAUGAGGACGAGGACGAUAAGUGA